AUGAAUCGUCCCACUAAAGAUGAUCUCGAUAAGAUGGAAAGUGAUGUUAUUGCUUUCUAUGAAAUCUCAUGUGGAGUGGCCCCAGACAACUUUGACGUCAUUAUCAACUGCAAAUCAGCCAAAGAAAUCUGGGAUGUUCUCAAAAACUUAUAUGAAGGUUCCGAGCAAGCUAAAGACAAGAAACUCACCACUGCACUCAACGAGUUCAACAACUUCAAAGCUCAUCCAGGUGAGAGUCUUGAAGACUCAUUCAAAAGAUUAAAUCUUAUUUUCACAAAGUUAUCAAACGUUGGCACCGUCCAAAGCAAUCAUGAAACAAACCUUAAGUUUCUCAAUGGUUUGGGUAAGCAUUGGACUACGGCAAAGAUGAUUGUCCACGAAGAUAAGAAGAUUUACACACUAUCUCUCUUCAAGUUGUAUGGUGAACUUCAGGCACAAGAAUCAACCGUGCUAAAAGAUUUUGCAGACUUUAGAGGUCCACUUGCCCUCAUAGCUCAAACCACACAAAAGAAAACCACCCAAUCAUUUGACAAUUAUUCUCUUGCAUAUGACAACCCACCGCAAUCAUAUGAAGCUGAUACAGAAUAUGAUGAUGAUGAAGAAUUUCAAAAGACCAUUGCCCUGUGCAACAAAGAAAAUCACUUUGCUAAAGACUGCAAAGCAAAUGUGGUAAAAGACAAAUCAUUCUAUCUUAGAAUGGUUCAGGAGAUGGAAGAGAAAGAAAAGGCAAGGGCAUACAUGGACCAAAUUAAGAGGGAUCAUCAAGUGUAG